AGCAGUGGACGUUGAUUUGUCAUUUAAAUGUCUAAAUUUUUGUACUUCAUGAUACAUUCUGAAACUAAAUAAUAAUCAACGACAUGAGGCAGUAUUCAAAACGUUAUGGUUCUCUUAAUUUUGAUCAUAUCUUAGAAGACAAUUUAGCGAUUAAUAAAAAUUUUAGAGGAUUUUAUACAGCCAAGAAAACAGACAAUAAGCUGGGAUGUUUGGAUGUUCCUAAAAAUAUUUUUUUGGAAUCAGAUGAUAAUGAUAGCGUUUCUAAUACCAAACUAGCAAUUUGUCAAAGAAAUUCUGAACCUUUUGAUGACCAAAACAUUUUUGAUGAUUUUUGGGACUACGAGUAUAAAAAUUCACCAUGUAAAAUGAUAAUGAAUGGUGAUAAUUACGAAAUUAAUUCGGAUUUUGAUCAACUUAAAACGUUAUUUAUUAGACAAGAAAGUAUUACAGAAAAAAUAAAAUGUAGAAAACGCUUAUUAAAAAAGUUGUCAAAUGGAGAAUAUGGUAAAGGUUGUAAUGAUAACACAAGCCUGUUUAAAAAUCAACUGAAUCGAUCGUCGUUACCAGUUAUACAAAAUGUUCGUGAACAUCUAGUGCCUAUUUAUCUUGAAAAAUCGUGCAGUUCUACCACUGUUGGUGAUAGCAGGAGUGAAGAUGUUGAUGAAGAAAAAUCAUUUCAGUUUAUUGAAGACUUCCUGUUACAAAAUAAUAAGAAAAUGAUAGAAUUUAUGGUUUCUAGUGGUAGUAAAUGUAAAAGGAGUAGACUUGACGAUUUUCCUAAUUUAAAAAUGAAUUCGUGGAAGAUAGCCGAUCAACAAGUUAACCUUGAUAAAAAGAAAAAUGAAUCGUUUUUUUACAACAAUGUACAAGGAACGGGGAAAACCAUACUACCCUGAAAAUGUAGCAAAAGCUGAGCAUGAACGUUUGUUGUCGUCGACACUUCUUGUUCAUCCUUUGUAUAAGAAAACUCUUCCUCAACAAAUAAAUAAGGAUCCUGUAGUUGUUCAAAGAAUUAGGGAAGAAAAGAAAAGAUUAACAAAGAAUUAUCAGCUCUUUUUGGAUACAUAUCACGAUCAUUUUAGUGGAAAGUUAAGAAAAUCGAAGAACAAGAUAAUAAAAAGAAGUUCUUCACCGUCAUCUCCAAAACGAGAAAAGAAAUUCAACAUCACCGUGAAUCCUAGAAAUCCCGUUCAACGUCAAGGAAAAUUUCUAGACAAGUACUCUCGCAAAUGCUUACAACUCGAUCUGAAAUUUGUUGAAAACGAAACUCCUCCGUCAGAAACAAUAACUCCUCACGAUGAACAGCCUAAAAGCAAAAUGCACAAUUUCGUUUUGGAGGAACUGGAAAGGACCAACGACGAAAUAGACACCUUUAACACCCAGCUCCAGGCGAUCCAAGGAAUUCUGAACGAUCGCAAGGUGGAACUAAAGUUUCCAACGAACGAUAACAUUGAGCAGGUUGAGACAAAAGAAGAAAUCAUAAAGAGAUCAAAAUCAAGAGAUUUUCUUGGUAAAACCCUCGAUAGAAACUUUAGAAAUAUUAGAACGAAUGAGUUGCCCAAAAUGCAUUACAAAAGCAUGGCAGAUGCUUUGCUUAGUAAGAAGAAGACAACAAGUUUAGAAUUGUUAUAUUCCAAUAAUUCCUAUCACAAAAAGGGUCAAUCAUUUGCAAAGUUGAUAGAUUCAAAUUCAGAAAUGAAUAUAAAUAACGAUAAGAAAAUUACGGCAGAUUCUGCACUGCACCUCCGGAAAUCCAGCACAUCUAACCUGGAUGAUUUCUACAAAGAAAUAAAUUCAAGAUUUCCGUUUUCAAAAUUCCGCUCAUUGUACAAACCGGAUAUGGAUAGCGUUAGUACACCUAUUCCCAAAAAGAACAACAACAUGAUGACGAAUGUAGUUGAAAAGGCGAAAUCAUACUCGCACGAAAAAUCACCAAGAACCAGUUUAAAGUCAUCACCACGACCAGCUGGCCGGUAUAACAACAGGAUCACCAAUACUAAUAAGAAUAAGCACCUUCCACAUAAAAGAAAUACGAAGCUGAACACACAAAUCACACCUGUUGAUUUCAAGGGAGAGUGUGGUGAUAAAGCUGAGUUUCAAAAACACAAAAGAUCACCUAGAAAAAGUCCAAGGAUUGCAAAAGGAAAUGUACACUACCCCAAUGGCACUGAUUGCGUAAUGAAAUCGUACAUUGAGCAAAAAUUAUUACCUAGAAGUCCUUUGGACGCUUCUGAAGGUAGAUAUAAAUUUUCGAGUCAAAAUAAUAGUCCGAAAUCUAACAACAAGUCAAAUUAUACCCAAUCACGCACAACCGAAUUCGAAAAGGUACUUCAAGAGAAUGUACCUCAUGGAAUUUUUGGAAACGAACAACUUCCAAAAGGGAUAACAAACUCCCUGUUUCUAAAGAAUGAACUCAAACAAAAUCCUUCGGGGCCGCCCAAUGAGAAUCAUCUUCACAAUGCUCGAGCGGUCUUUUUACGAAAAUUACAACAGGCCCAAUAUGACGCAAAACAACAGGAUCUAUUUACUCUUUCUAAAAACAAUAGUCCUUACGCAAACAAAAAGAAUAAUUCGGGUCUGUAUUCCACUUUUUGCACUGCUCUUAAAGAUACCAUAUUCGAACCUGAAAAGAAUGCUGUUUGACUUUUUUUUUAUUUAACAAACAGUUUUGUGAAUUGAUCUAACACGUCUUUGAAUAAAUAAUAAAUGUCCAUUACUG